AUGUCAGAUAAUGAUGCCGAUACCUUUACUCCUAGUAAUCUUUCUGGAUCCGUUGAUACUGGAUUAGAAAAUGAGGUUAGCCCUCGAGCAAUUGUUAAAGAAGGUAGUGGACACGGUGUAGACAUGACAGCAGAUACAAGUGUUUCUUUUGGACAAUCCACAGAAGUUCCGGAAGAAGAACGACUGCAAACUUGCGGAAUUGAAAGUGAGGACCCAUUGCAGGACAGAGAAGCAACAGUUGUGGAGGAACUUCAGGCAGAGACAGAGGCAGAAAUUGAGGCAGAAAUUGAGGCCGAGCUAGAUGCAAGUCUUGCAAACGAAGAAGAAAAUGGAGAAGAGGAAGAAAAAGAAAAAGAAAAAGUUGUAGUUGAUGAUGAAGACGAUGAAGACGAAUUUGGAGAUUUUGACGAAUUCAAUGAAUCGGAAAAUCCACCUCAUUCAGAGUCAUUUACAACUGAAACUGCAUUGUUUGACGAAAUUGCAUUACCGGACACUGCAUUUGAAAACAUUGGUGAAUUUGAAACAAGAUUAGAGAAGCUCAUGUCGAAGCUAUUCUGCAUCCCCACUCCUCCACCAGUACGCGCAACAAAUGUCACUACCGAAGAUUCAACAAUUGAUAAAACAGGAGAAGAAGAACAUAUGGAGAUACUGCCGCCUGAAAUAGUUGACCCAGCCACUGUUUUGUUAUUUGACGAUCGUGUAAGAACCAUAUAUGAACAAAUUUCCACAAUUCCACAUUUGCAACCUCCCAACUGGGUCAAACUGAAUAUUAGACACAAUAUGUUGAUUAAUCUAGGCAUUCCAAUCAAUUUGGAUGAAUUAAAGUCAUCAGCUCCAGCUCCAGCUCCAACACCAGCUCCAACACCAGCUCCAACACCAGCUCCAACCUUAGCACAGUCACAAGAACAAGCAGAGAAAAUAAGAGAUACACAGGCACCUUCACAAACUCAAGAUACAUUGCCCAGCACCUCUCUCUCUGACUCUUCCUUAACAAAUUCCACCGCUUCACAAACAGGAACCAGAAGUUUGGAAUCUGGACAGCUACUCAAUGUGCCAUCACGAAGUCAAAGCCAUCACAGAAGAAAAAGUAUUACUGCAGAUGACAUAGAUUGGCGAGACUUUGACGUGCCUCAGUUUGAGAGUUUGAAAUUAAAUGCGGAAGAGUCGAAAAAAGUCAUUGAUGAGACUAGUAAGAAGUUGUCACAAUUUGAAAUUGAUAAUAUGGAAAACACAAGUUUGCAGUUCCUUGAAUCUAGAGAUUUGGAAUUUAUUGAAAAGAAACUUAGUCAAUUGCAAAGCAACAGGCAAGAGUUGUUGCAAGCAAGCAGCAUAUGGCAAAAUCAAUUGAAUGAGUUGCAAAAAGAUUACGAGAUUUACGAAAACGUGGUACAGAGUUGUAUUGGAUAUAGUCAGAAAUUGCGACGCGAGGAAAUCAUGGAGAAUCUCAAAAAGAUGAAACUGAAAAAGAAAGGAGGAAAAGCCAAGUUUACGACGUGGAAAAAAUAA